UUCCGCCAUUUGCACUGGGUAUUUAGCCUUUUGGCCCACUCCCUGUGAAGGCUAUGGAGCGACCAGCAACUGCACAAAGCACGAGUACCUGUCGAAGUGGGCAGAGUGUCGGCAGCCGACAAAGUCGGAGUGCCGCGGGGAGUAUCACUUCAAACGCUUCAAAGGGCGAGCUGAUGAUUGUUCCACCCAGACUUCGCCAACCACGCACUCCAGAUACAACUGUCCUACCUCAGGCAGGAGCUUUCAGCGUCACUGGCUUGCCUGGAUACACCGGAUAUGUGCCCGGAAAGGUGUCGGGAAAUGUCCAUGCACUCACCUUCCAGAAAGCCAACGAACGGGCCAUGGUUGAGGGCCAUCUUCGCAACACUGGACAAGUGCCAAGAAUCUACGCUGGGCGAUCAUUUGAUGGUCCAGCUCCUGGAGCAGAGGUGCCAGGCUACACCGGGUUUGUCCCUGGACGCUAUGCCAACAAUGUUAUUGGCUCCACCUUUGCCAAAGGAGCAGAGUUAGCCUUCCUUGUGAAGAAUCAGCAAAUGACAGAGCGCUUGCACCGUGUGCAGUGUUACCGUCAAGGAGACCGGCCCAGCAGCAGUUUGACACCCAUUCAGUGAGGCUGACAACUUCAACGCCAAUACAUCCAACAACAACCAUGUUCAUCAUCAUCAUCAUCAUAUUCAUACGACAUCCAAUACUCUACUUUUCGACUUUCUUCUAUUCCUUUGCAUCAUUUCACCACAAUUCAUGAAUCGAUAUUCCUAAUUCGGGAAUAUAUUUAAAA